UUCCGUCCUUUUUCGUUACUCAUGUGUCUCCCCCCUGUUUGGGAGGAGGGUGAAAAUGGUCUGAACAAGAGGGAGGAGGAAAAAACCCAGGGCAGUGAAAGAGAGGGGGGAAAUAGCUCCAAAGCGUAGCCAGACUUUGCCUGCUUAUUCAGCGCUGAGUGCUGCACUGCGCCGUCUCCAGUUGUGGGAUGUUAAGAUUUGCCUUUGGCUGCACUUCUCCCCACUCUCGCGCUCACAUUAAGUCUCUUUAGACAUCUUUAUGCUCAAUUUUGCUGGAGGAGGAGGAGUGAGAGAGGGAGAGACUAGCCAGACCUAUUAGCCUGAAGCCUGAGACACACACACACACCAACUCUCUCUCUCUCUCUCUCUCGCUCGCUCGCUCUCUGACACACACACACUUGUACACUCCUCCAGCGCCGCGCUGCACCAAGGUAACAGUGAGUGGAUUUAGCUUUAGCCAUCUGGUCGGAGCACAGAGAAAACCUCUCUGCUGUAACACGGGGAGGAAGGCAGAGGACGAUGCAGCACUGAAACCGACAGAGAAAAACCAAAGAGUGACGAGAGAGACACACACACACACCAACACACACACUGAGACAGGAUGGCCACCGCAGUGUUUCAGGUGUCUUCAUCCUGUGUUCCGGCGACAAACUACGAGCUGGCGCCGAGCAGUGACCUCCCUCUCAAACAUGUAGACACCAUGGGCUCAACAAAAUCUUCAAAGAGCAUGGAGUCACGACGCAGACCAUCAAGGAGCGUGAGUCUGCUGCAGGCCUUGGACGAGAGCUACGAGCUGGACCUGAUCUACAUCACAGAGAGGAUCAUCUCCGUCUCCUUCCCCAGCAGUGUGGAGGAGCAGAGCUACGCUGCCAACCUGAGGGAGGUCGCCUCCAUGCUGCGCUCCAAACACGGCCACAACUACCUGCUCUUCAACCUCAGUGAGAAGCGUUAUGACAUCACCCAACUUAAUCCAAAGGUGUUGGACUUUGGCUGGCCCGAUCACCACGCUCCGGCUCUGGACAAAAUCUGCAGCAUCUGCAAGGCCAUGGACACGUGGCUGAGCGCGGACAGCCACAACGUGGUGGUUAUACACAACAAGGGCAACCGUGGCAGAACUGGCGUGGUGGUGGCAGCCUACAUGCAUUACAGCAACAUAUCUGCCAGUGCCGACCAGGCUCUGGACAGGUUUGCCAUGAAGCGCUUCUAUGAAGACAAAGUGCUUCCUGUGGGCCAGCCGUCUCAGAAAAGAUAUGUGGAAUACUUCAGCGGGUUGCUCUCUGGACACAUCAAGAUCAACAACAAACCGCUGUUCCUUCAUCACGUCAUCAUGCACGGCAUACCCAACUUCGAGUCCAAGGGAGGUUGUCGUCCCUUUCUCAAAAUCUACCAAGCCAUGCAGCCCGUCUACACAUCUGGGAUCUACAACGUUCAGGGCGACAGCCAGACAAGCAUCUGUAUAACCAUCGAGCCUGGUCUUCUUCUGAAGGGGGACAUCCUGCUCAAGUGCUACCACAAGCGUUACCGCAGCCCGUGCAGAGACGUGAUAUUCAGGGUGCAGUUUCACACCUGCGCCGUCCACGACCUGGGGAUCGUCUUCGGGAAAGACGAGCUCGAUGAGACAUUCAAAGAUGACAGAUUUCCAGAAUAUGGAAAAGUUGAGUUUAUUUUCUCCUUUGGACCAGAGAAAAUCCAUGGUCAAGGUAUGGAUCUCCUGGAGAACGGGCCGAGCGUCUCGGUUGACUACAACACGCAAGAUCCGCUGAUCCGCUGGGACUCAUACGAAAACUUCAACCAGAGCUGUGAAGAUGCCACAGAUGGUGAGACGGAAGUCAUCCAUACCCAGGGGCCCUUGGACGGCAGCCUUUACGCCAAAGUUCGCAAAAAGGAUUCUGUUGAAGGAACAGUCACAUCAAACGGCCUUCCACCCACUGCUGUUGAACAUGCUCUACCCGCGGUUGACCAUGCCUUGUCAGUGAGCAGCGACUCAGGAAACUCUACUGCCUCCAUCAAAACUGAUCGAACUGAUGAAGCGGCAACAGCUCCUCAGGCUUCCACGGUGAGCCAGACACACAUUCCUGUGGGUGAGGAGCUACCCUCAGUCCAUCACCACGCCCCACCUGCCCAACAACCCAUCAGUCCCCAGGAGAAAAAAGAGCUAGAGCAGCUACUGAGUGGCUUGGAGGGGCCAAUGCACCGACAGGCCUACCUUUCCUCCCCGACAUCUACUGUUGGAGGGAUGCUUCACCUUGUGCCUGCGCAGGUCCAUGUUAAUGGGCACAGUACAGUUGACCGUGAAACCGACAUUUUAGAUGAUGAGCUGCCUACAAGUCAAGAGGGCAACAGCGUGGACAGUCUUGGGACUUUCUCUUCCACAGAUGGUAGGGCUACACCGGCUGAUCUUUACUACCAGUCUGAGUCACACAUCAAUGGCCAGGACCACGUGCCAUAUCUGGAGCGCAGUGUCCCAGAAAAGCCUCUGGAAACCAUCCGACCACACGUUGGAAUAUCUGACAAACCUGUCACUUUGAUCCAAAGUGAUUUAAUCCCAUCCUCGGGCAAUUACAUGGCAACCCAAAAUGGCAAUCUGUACCGAUCUCAGUCAUUUGGUGCCGAUCCAAAGUCUAUGCCACAAGCCCCUGCCCGCACCACGAGCAGCAAAGAGGCCGUCCAGCGUGGUCUCAAUGUCUGGCAGCGGUUCGGAGUACCUGAGGAGCCGGUAACUGAAGGCCUCACUUUCAGUCCACCUCCCUCAGUAGCAGUGCUGCCCAGCCAUCACAGCCUGCCACAGUUCCCUCAUCGCCACAGCGCCUCCCAGCAAGAGAUUGAGCAAUCUAUUGAAACCCUUAAUCUCCUCAUGUUGGACCUGGAACCAGGUCGUCCGGUUGUGACAAAAUCCCAAAGUGCUCCAUUGCGGGACAACAGCGUUGUGGUGACCACCCAGCCGUCCUUCUCCCAGAGCCAAACCAGGCCCUCCUACCAGGGUGACGCUGCCAUUCAUACCCACUUUUCUGGCCCAGUAUCAAGCCUGGCCAGCCACUCGUCACCACCUCAGAUGUCACCUGGGAAGCCCAGUACACCAGAGUCUGCACCUGUCCACGGAUCUCUGAAUUACAGUUCUGAAGCAGCUGGAACCAACACUUCCUCACAAGCCUCCCCUGCUGUAAGUGGCCACCUUCAGCUCAAGUCCAUUAACACCUACCCGCCAGCCACACAGCCGGCAGAGGUCUUUGAGCCCCAGAGAAGCCCCUCUGCUGCCUCAGCAUCACAGCAGCCAAGAGACAGUGAGCCAGAUGAAGUCUUCAACGUUGAAGGUCUGGUGGCCCAAAGAGUUGCUGAGUACUCGGCUCGUGUCCAAAGUGUCAUCCCCAGCAUGACCUCUUCUCAGUCUGAGCACCGCCGUUCUCACUCCCUCUCGGGCGUCCAGGCCCGCGCAAUGCCCUUGGACGAGCCUGCGACUCUUCCCCGCCGUCGCAUCACCAGUGAAGGCCAGCAACAGAAUGGUCCUGAGGAUGGUCUGUCUUCCGAUGUCCCAGUUCGCUCCCCCAUUCGCUGCGUUUCUCCGGAGUUUGUCAACGCCAUAGCGCUGAACCCUGGAGGACGACCCAAGGAGAGGAACAUGCACAGCUACCGAGAGGCCUUUGAGGAACUGGAUGGAGGUCACAUGAGUCCCACACCCACAGUUGGUGGUGAGGUGUUUCCCCAAACCCCUGCCUUCCCCAUCUCGCCGCAAACCCCUUACUUCAACCUGUGUCGGUCCCCUCCUGGCCUCGCCAAGACUCCCCUGUCAGCUCUGGGUUUGAAGCCCCACAACCCAGCAGAGAUUCUACUAAAUCAAACAGGCACAGCACCAAGAAGCUAUGUAGAGUCUGUGGCAAGGUCGGCGCAAGCAGGCGGAGAGCCGCCCACAUCACCUCGGAGCCUUAGCCCACCGGGAGACGCUACAAGCCAGCAGAGAAGUACAAGUCCUACCACCCACACACUGAACCAACCUUUGUCCAGCAGCAGUCCCAUCCAGAGCUCACAGGGUGAUCACCCCUUACCAGAGAGCAGUGUUAGCACUCCGUCCCAACCCACUACUGAUUCUGGGUUCCGCUCCCAGGCUACAGAGAGUGCCUACCCGACUCCCACCCCAUCAUAUCAAGGCCUGAACACUCCCACUUCUUCCUACCUGGACUCCAGCUCUCCAGCCUCUUCUUACCUUGGCACUACUACCCCCACACUGUCCUACCUUGGUCCUAAUACCGUCUUGGGGAACUAUGCAACCUCAGAUCCCAGCCCACCCAACUCAGAACCCUCUCAGACCACACUCAGCCAUGGAAGUCCUCAUGCACAACGCCAGCCCAACAUCCUUGGCUCCAUCCAGAGUCCCGUCCUCCACAGUGACGAGCAAGAUCGUCCCUUAAUGGGCCAGCAAACAUCACCAGCUAAUGGUUUUGAAGUGGGCAUGCCAGGUCUUGGUGGAAGUCCCAUCCUUGGUCGCCGUCUGUCUCAGGGAGCCAAGAGCAGUCCGGUCCUCAGCAGACAGGCCUUUUUGGGACAGGGAUCUCAGCAAAGCCCAGUUCUUAGCAGACAGCCGUCCCUGGGUCAGCCUAUUCACGGCAGCCCAGUGCUCAGCCGACAGCCAUCCCUCACACACCCUCAAGGAAGUCCAGUGUUGGGCCGUCACCCAUCUGUUUCGCAGAUGUCCCAGAGAAGCCCCAGUUUAGACCGUCACCCCAUGCACAGUGGUUACACCACACCGGAUGAAAGACAUGGAAACCUGUCACGACAAAGCAGCUCUUCUGGCUACCAGGGACCUCCCACUCCCUCCUUCCCCAUCUCACCCGCAGGCUACCAGGAUGGGGGCAUGAUGGGAACAGGUAUGGGGUUCAGGCAGGGAAGCCCAGCCCCUGGUUUCCAACCCCAGCUUCCAGAGAAGAGGCGCAUGUCAAGUGGUGAUAGACCAAAUGGAGCACUGUCCUAUGGAACUCUGAAUGGGAAGAUAAUGUCACCAAUGAGUGGAGGAAGCACUCCCAGCUACUUCCACACCCUCUCGGACUUCUCACGGUUCAAUAUGCCUGAUGGAAGCCCAGAGAGCAGGCUGAAUGUCAAGUUUGUUCAAGACACGUCCAAGUUCUGGUACAAGCCAGACAUUUCCAGGGAGCAAGCUAUCAACCUGCUGAGAGAGAGGGAGCCUGGAGCCUUUGUUAUCCGGGACAGUCACUCGUUCAGAGGGGCGUACGGUUUGGCCAUGAAGGUGGCCUCUCCUCCGCCCUCCGUGCAUCAGAGCAAGAAAGGUGACAUCACCAACGAACUGGUGAGGCACUUCCUGAUUGAGAGCAGCCCUAAAGGAGUGAAGCUGAAAGGCUGCCCCAACGAGCCCUACUUCGGUUGUCUCUCGGCCUUGGUCUACCAACAUGCUAUCACACCGCUGGCCCUGCCCUGCAAACUACUCAUCCCUACCACGGAUCUCAUUGAGGAAGCACCAGAGGUCGCACCAACAAACCCACUGGCUGAACGGCUGAAACAAGGAGCAGUGCAGAGGACCCCUGCUGACUCCCAUGCAUGCAACGUUCUCUACAUCAACUCAGUGGAGAUGGAAUCCCUGACGGGCCCUCAGGCUGUUGCCAAGGCCAUAUCUGAGACACUGGCUACUGCUUCUCCACCUACUGCCACCGUCGUGCACUUCAAGGUGUCUUCACAAGGCAUCACGCUCACCGACAACCAGAGGAAGCUUUUCUUCCGACGCCACUAUCCUACCAACACUGUCACGUUCUGCGAUAUCGACCCUCAGGACAGAAAAUGGAGCAAGCCUGAGGGAGGCACAGCCAAGCUGUUUGGGUUUGUGGCUCGUAAGCAGGGAAGCACAACAGACAACGUCAGCCACCUCUUCGCUGAGCUGGACCCCGACCAGCCUGCCAGCGCCAUCGUCAACUUCGUCUCCAAGAUGAUCGCCUCGCAGAAACGAUGAGAGCUGUCCGCAAAAAGAAAACAACAACAAACCCUGGCGCUUUUUUAAAAACGACUUUGGUUAUUUUCUUUCCUUUUAACCACAGACACUUUCUGUUUUGGACAAUUUAGCAUUUGGUUUUUACGCGUCACCUUAUUUUUCCUGCUCUUUUACAUUUAAGCGGACGUGUGUGUGUGCGUGCGUGUGUGUGUGUGUGUGUGUGUGUGUGCACGUGGUUGUAUAUGUGAGCAAAUGAAAGAGAACCAGACAGCGAGCGUGCAGUGUGUUUGUGCGGCUUGCAUGCAUGUGCUUUUAUUCUUGGACGGACUCCAGAACGGACCAGAGGAAGUGCAGGAUGGGGCGUGGCUGUGUGUGACAAUGGGACGGGAGGUGAUUGAAUCUCCCCGGCAGGGUAACUCGUGAACAGGAAAGGGGGAAUGACAUUGUGCGUGCAAAUGUUUUUUUUUUUUUAAGUGAUUGUUUCUUUUUUUUUUUUCAAGAAGAAGUCAAGUAGUGUGACGUAAAGGUGGAUUGUAAAUCUAUCAGGCUUUUGACUGGUCAACCAAAGAUUUUAAAAAAGUAGUCAGGGCGUGUAUAGUGUGCCACUGUCGGAGGGUCGGAAGUAUUCUUUUUGUAAAACAAAUAUGGCUGCUUAAUCAAAAAUACUGUUAAAAACUAUUUCACUCUGUAUGUACUGAUACUGUAGGUCAAUUCUGCACCUGCGCCACGUUGCAAAAAAAGGCGUCGUCGGACAUUUUUUUGCAGCUGGUGAGGUCUGUGUAAAUAUUCUAGAUUGCUUUUUGAGUAGGACUGUUAUAGAUGACAUUUGGUGCCUGACUUUGUUUCCUAAAUGCAGAGCUUUUUAAGAAAAAAAACGACAUUAAUUUCAUCCACGCUGUCUUAAAUAUGCAACUAGCCAAACUUGUUCAAUUAGUUUUGUUCUCCAAAAUGACACGACAGGUCCUUGCGUGUUUUGUAGUGUAGCUGAAGAUGUUGAGACCGAUGUUGUUCCUCUGAAGUGCAGCUAGAGUCUGAAGAAAUCAGCUGAACCUCGACUUCUCUGCGGUGUUAACGCAGAAAAGCGUCGGUGAAGUGUUGCAUCCACACCGUCUCCGGAUUGUCAGACAAGCAAAGAGGAGCUUCCCGUCUGCCGCCAUCCUCUGCUCAGUCACGUGGCCACAGUAUUUUACUCACAGCCGAAGGGCCCAGAGUACAUUUGUGAGGACAAUCUUUAGAGAAAGGUCUUGUCCGCCUAAACUGCUCCGUAGUUUUCUCUGUUGAAAGUUUCCGUCAACAGAAAGAAGCUCUUUGCGUCAGCCAGCCAAAACUGUUAACACUCAACCUACCCAAAAGUAAGCUAUACAUAUAAAUAUACAUAUAUAGAUAUAUAUAUAUAUAUAUAAACUUCCAAACAGUGACUUAAGAUAUUUAUUUUUUUGCUUUGUUGCUCUAUGUUAUCUUGUAUACAUGUAUUAUAAGGUAUACAUCAAGAUUACUGAAAGCGAGAAGAAAAGAUUGCUUUUAUUUUGGCUAAAGUCAAGUGCGUUGACAUAUAUAAGGUGUAAAGUGUGUGCAUUUAAAAGUGUAUCACUGUUGUUUUUUGAAUGUUUUUUUCACAGCAUUAUUUUUCUUUUGUUAACAUUCUCGUUUUCUUGGGGAGCCGUUUUUUUGAUUUUUUUUUUUUUUUUAGAGAGGAAAUAUUUUGUAUGAAAGAUUGUUGUUACUAAAGUCCAAAUUGGAGUGAUCCUAAAGUUAUGCCAACACAAUUGUUUUUAUUAACUUAAACCUGCCUAGAAAAUACAUUGUCCAAGUUUAGCACUUAAAUGUUGAAGUAUUAUCAGUGUGUUUCUACUUGUCAAAAGAGAAGAUGUGGAUGUUGACGGACCCAUUUCAAUGUCAUUGCAUGUGUAGAUGCAGACUCGCUAGCUCCUGAAACUAAACCUCACAAGGUCUCCGAAACAGGUCUGGAGUUUGUAAUAGGAAAAAACCAGUCAGUUCAAUAAGUAGCUGCUGCCCUCAUGUGGUGGAGAACGAUCACUACAAAGGAGCCACCUCUAUUCUAAUACAGUGUUUUAGCUGUUUUUAUGCCACGUCGGAUGUUUGAGUUCAUAUAAAUUGAUCACUGGGAUGACAAAUUUUUAAAGCAACUGUAAUAGCAAUAUCGUUGACUAAUGAGUUUUAAAUCCCAUAUAAGGAAUGAGCAGUUUAAAUGACGUCUCCCUCCUUUAACCCAGAAGAACCGGCUGCCAGCAUGAUGUAAAAUAAAUAAGGGUUAGUUUGGGCUCCUACAUUAACUCAAAUGUAUCUCUUUAAAAUUAAAAAAAAAAAUACAGCACUUACAGGGCUUUUAUAUUUGACUAAAAUGUUCCAUUAUUUAUUAGCAGGAGCUUGCAUGCUCAAGUUAAACGAUAACCUUUAACGCUGCUGCCUAAUCUGCACACAACAAGUCUUAUCCAACCCAGCCUUCUCCACAAAGAUGCCCAUAGGUAGUUAUCAGGACUGUGUCUUUACUCAGCUUAUAAGAGGAAAAAAAAAAAAAAAAGGCAACCCUUUUUUUUUUGCCUACAUAAUGCUUGUUGGGGUAAAUGGACUUCCUAAACUUCAAAACUGAAUGUUAGCCAUUUGUUUGCCAAGAUGGAAACUCCAGUGGCAUCUGCCCACUUUGACAGAUCAGUCUGGACUGUAGAAUGUGUGUGAAUGAGCUCCUAUGCCCGCAUAGAGCUUUGUCAUUUUUUUUUGUUUGCUACAUUGUAUGGCUUUUACUAUUUCUGAUGGAAAAAAAAACACAUUAAAAAGCAGUACAAAUCAAAA